UUCCCGUCCCACAGGUGUGAGCCCGUCUCUGCCCUGUGGUGAGACGACGCUGUUCGUGACGGAAUCAGAGACCGGCACGCUCUCCAGUCCCAACUUCGGGACGGGAAGCUAUCCUCCCAGCAGCGCCUGCAGGUGGCUUCUCACAGCUUCAGACAACGGCGUUAUAGUCCUCAGGAUAGUGUUGAUGGAUCUACAGGACAGUGAAGGUUGUACGUCAGACUAUGUGGUAGUCUACGAUGGACCUUCACCUUCUUAUCCUGUCCUCGGUCGCCUCUGUGGAACCGCGGAGUCCGUCCUCACGUCGGGAAGCCAGAUGUUUGUGGAGUUCGUGUCCGAUGGAGAAACGGAAAGUCUCGGCUUCAUGGCGACCUUCAUUGCUCUCAGGCCUGGCGAGAACAUCGCGCUGGGAAAGUCGGCCUCCCAAGCGGCUGACCUGAGCGCGAGCCACGGUCCCGAGAACGCCGUGGACGGGGACGUGCGGACAUGCGCAGUAACAACAGACCUGCAGGAGCCCUGGUGGCGGCUGGACCUGGGCGCGGCGUACGCCGUCAUGAAGGUCCGGAUAUACACUAACGGGAACGGCACUGUCGGAGACAUGACCAACUUCCAAGUGCGCAUCGGAGCUAGUACAGACAUGUCCCAGAAUGCCGUGUGCGGGGACAAGUGGACGGAUUCGCCCUUGAACCACAACGUCAUCGAGAUUUCUUGCGGAGACGCCAUCUUGGGUCGUUACGUCACCGUUCAGAUAGAAGGCCGGGCCGACCACCUCAGGCUGUGUGAGGUCGAAGUUUUCUUAGAGCAAGAAGACGCUCUUCCUGCCUAUGAGUGCGGACAAACAUCUGCGUACGUCAUUUCCGGAGAAUACGGGCUUCUAUCAGCCUCGUGGAACAUAACAAAUCAGAACGGUGAUGCAGGUGAAAAUGGCGUGGACUCGGUCUACUCGGUCAACAGCAACUGCAGCUGGCUGAUCUCUGCCCAAAAUGGCGGCCUCGUCACCAUCACCUUCACGACCCUUGACCUCCCCGAUAGUGCCGGGUGCACGGACGGACACGUGGCCGUUCACGAUGGCGCGGACUCGCAAGCCCCGCUGCUGGGUCGGUUCUGCGGCGGAUCCCUGCCGCCCACCCUGAUCAGCCUGGGAACCGUGUUUGUCCGGUUCGUCACGUCAGGACGCCAAGUGGCAACAUUCGGCGCGACAUUCGCUGUGGGGAAAUCACGAAACCUCGCCCUGAGCAGGUCAGCUGAGCAGAGCACGACCCGAGUGGCGCUGUCAGCCGGGCUUGCGGUGGACGGGCAUGUCGGGAACGGCGCCUGCGCAGAGACGACCAUCAUGGCCCAGCCCUGGUGGCGAGUGGACCUGGGUGGGGACUACCUAGUGCAGAAAGUCCGCUUGUUUGGAAGUUCAGAUGGGACUUUGCAGGCCGCAGAGGUUCGCGUGGGAAGCAGCCGAGACGUCCAGGAAAACGCUCUUUGUGGAGCCACCUUUUCAGACGAGCAGGACAACAGGGAAACACUGGAGCUGGACUGCGGCCUCGCCAUUGUAGGGCGUUACGUCACUGUGCAGCUUCGCGCUGAGCGGAGUCUACAGCUGUGUGAGGUGCAGGUGUUCCCUCCAACAGAGCUUGAUGCGGGAUUUAUAACUGAAAUGGGACCUGAUAUCGUGGAGUCGUCCGGCGCACCGCUGGUUAGUGCCAACAGCGCCCCCAACACCCUGGACGGUAACGCAGCUACCUACUGGGCCCCCUCUCCCACCGACGGGAACCUCGGCUCCGUCCUGUACGAUCUGCGGCAGCCCUACUGGGUCUACUACAUCCGGGUAGUCAACUCUGGUGAUGGGGCUCAUUACGUCACUUCCUUCACCCUGGAGUCGUCCGAAACUGGCCAGGACUACACGGUCGCCGCCAACCUCACUUUUACCCAGGAUGCUGCGGCGGAAAUAUUUGAUGGCUUCUUCGCCAGGGGUCGCUACUGGCGGUUUACAGUGACCGGAGUGGCGGGCGGGAGCGAGCCGUGGGUGGCAGAGAUUCAGCUCUACGGGGCUCCAGCUUGGGUCCGGCCGCUGGGCUGCUGGACUGACCGAGCCUCCCGAGCCAUCCAGCCGCUAGAAGGAACAGACCCGCUCCUGUCCGACUCCUACCUAUCCCUUAUAUCUCUGUAAUAACCACUGUGCCCUGUUACCUGUAGGUUGGGUCCCCUGUAAUAACCACUGUGCCCAUGUUACCUGUAGGUUGGGUCCCCUGUAAUAACCACUGUGCCCAUGUUACCUGUAGGUUGGGUCUCCUUUAAUAACCACUGUGCCAUGUUACCUGUAGGU